AUGGUCGUAAACACUCGCAGCACUAGUCGUAUGGCAGACGCUGCGCUCAGUGCGUCGCUUUCGCCGUUGCUCCCGAGCUCUGUGGAGGACGGGACGCCGCCCGGAGGAGACGACAACAAGCGCGUGCGGUUCCAGCCCGUGUUCCAGCCGACCCACACGGUGUUCACCCCCCGGCUGAGCGAGACGAGCUCCCUGCGGUACCGCAAACCGGAUGACCGCGUGGUGAGCAGCACGAGUCUCGCGCCGCCGAGUUCUGCCUCUUCGAUUGCACAGCCGAAUUAUGACGACUUCCUGCGACGAGUGAGCGUCGUGCUGUACCAGCACAUACGGCGCUGCGAGAAGCGGUCGCGCGAGCAGCAACGGAGCGGCCACUCUGGAGGUAGUGGUAUCUCCAGUGCCAUUGCUGCAGCUGUGUCUGCGCUCACGACAUCCGAAGACCGGGUGUCGACGGACUGUCCAUCCCCUAGUUCUUCGACGGAAGAAAGAGCAGGGAAUACUGCAGAAGCUAUGGGUCAUAACUUUGACGCGAAUGGAACUGGAGACACACACGAAGCGGUACGGAAGACGAAUGCCAGCAGCAUGUCGUCUCCAAGACUGAUGGAGUUACCCGUGGAGGAAACGUUUCUGGAAGAACAUUUCGUCACGCCACAGUAUAAGUAUACGUUUGUGCGGUUCCCGCGAGUGCAUCCCAUGACAGUGUAUAGGAUGGCAAAGAUCACGUCGAAACGACAUGUGCCAAGCGUGGACGAAAUCUUUCGGUUUUGCAAGAACCUUUUCAACAAGGCCCAACUAAGUGCCGAGUGCACCAUUGUGUGUCUCAUUUAUAUCGAACGCUUGAUGGAGCAAGCGAAUGUUCCCUUGCUAGCGGCCACGUGGCGACCGAUUGUGGUUUGCGGACUGUUGUUGGCGUCGAAAGUGUGGCAAGAUCUGAGCUCGUGGAAUGUCGAGAUCAGCAAUAUUUAUCCGCAAUUUUCGCUGCAGUCGAUCAACCGACUCGAGCGACUGUUCCUGCACCACAUCCAGUGGGAUCUUUAUAUUUCCGCGACCGUGUAUGCCAAGUACUAUUUUGCCCUGCGGUCACUGACGGAGAAAAAAGACUUUCGACGUCGGUAUAACUACACGAUGCGUGUGGAUCCGCCCAACUCGAAGCGGCUCGAAGAACGAAGUGCGGCAGUGAAAAAUGAACUAUACUCGAAAAGUCUAUGA